AUGACAGAAGGUGAUCAUCAGACAGGCGAUACAAUAGUACAAGCCAAGUCUCUUCUCAAGUCGAUACAAACUUUCGAAUUCAUAGUACUACUGAAGUUUUGGGAUUCGCUUCUAUCGCAAAUCAAUCGUGUCAACCUCGCACUGCAAGACAAAAAACUCGAUAUUGCUCGUGCCGCAAAAAUGAUAAAAGGAUUGCUGUCACAAUUAACCAUAUACCGAAAGACUUUCUUCACAACAAUUUUGCAAUCAUCAAUUGUGACAGCUGAACAAUUGCAAGUAACACCAGAUUUCCAAGAUACUCGAAAACGACCAAAGAAAAUGAUGCCGGGAGUAAAAGCGAAAGAUGAAUCUCCAUCUAUAAGUGCCCAAACUCAUUUCAAAGCAGGAAUGAUCCAAGUUCUUGAUCUUAUGAUUGCCCAAAUGAAUACCCGGUUCAUCGCUUUAAAUGAAGUUGCCGAUGAUUUCGCAUUUUUGAGCGGUCAAGCAAUUGUGAACACCAGUGUUACUGAACUCACCAAAAUAGCGGCAGAUCUCGCUAUCAAAUAUCCUGAUGACUUGGAUCCGCAUGAAUUUUCAUCAGAAAUUGAGAGUUUCAAAUUUCAAGCAUCGACGCUGAUGAGUGAAGCCACAGACAUGAACCAUUUGAAUGUAUUAGAAAAAAUAUUCGAUCUGUCGCUCGAGGAUGUAUAUCCCAACAUAACAACAGCACUGAGAAUAUUCUUAUGCAUGCCUGUUACGACGGCUACUUGCGAGCGUUCUUUUAGCCAGGAACAGUUGGCGAAUAUCUCUAUUUUGUCGAUUGAGAAGGAUACUACAACACGUCUCAAUUUCGAUAAAAUAAUCGAUUUAUUUGCAGAGGCGAAAUCCAGAAAAGUAUUAUUCUGA